CCUGCACACCCGGACACACCUCCUCCCUGUCACUCCUGGCAGCUCUCUCACUCCCGCACUCUCUCCCUGCCACUCCCGCACUCUCUCCCUGCCACUGCCUCGGACUCCCGGCCUCUCCUCCCAGCCAUUCCCGGAGCGGGCCGCUGCCUGGCCUCUGAUUGGCAGCCUGGGUCACGUGUGACACCCUGGCUGCUGCAGACGGAUCCCGGACAGCAGAGCUCCGCAGGACAGUGAUACUAGUAGCGCCGCCGCUGCUGCUGCACGGGAGCCGGGAGUACUCGGCAGCAAGAAACCUCGGGACACCGGGCAGCCCGUCCGCCGGGAUUAUCAGCAUCCACUCUCCGCUGCAUUACCGUGACUGGGCGGGAGAGACGGAGACACCAGCGCACCGAGUCCCCCGGUGAGAUUCUGUCUAAAUCGUAUGCACGAUGUCUGCCAAAGCCACCAUUAGCAAGGAGGUCUUCUCUCCCCAGGAUGAGCGGAUGCUGGGGGCUGUGUUAGUCAAACGAAGGAGCAAGAAAAAAAUUCCAUUCCUUGCAACAGGAGGGCAAGGAGAAUACCGCACUUACAUCUGCAUAUCAGCAUCUAACAAGAGGCCCCCAGAAGUCUACAUCACCAAGGUUAAACAAUUUGAAGGCUCGACUAGUUUUGUGAGACGGUCUCAGUGGACUCUGGAUCAGCUCAGACAAGUAAAUGGUAUUGACCCCAAUCGGGAAUCCCCAGAAUUUGACCUUCAGUUUGAUAAUGCCUCUGAUCAGUGGGUGGCUAGCUCUGGCUCAGAGAAAUUUACUUUCUUCCAAAUCCUGCAUCAUGCAUGCCAGAGGUACCUUUCGGAUAGAAAGCCUGAAUUCAUCAACUGCCAGUCCAGGCUCUUCUCAGGAAACAGUAUAUUGCACUCCGCUGCUGACAGUGUCACUAGUGCUGUACAGAAAGCUAGCCAAGCCCUUAAUGAGCGUGGAGAGCGCCUGGGACGUGCUGAGGAGUCGACGGCAGAGAUGAUGAAUAGUGCACAACAAUUUGCAGACACCGCUCACAAGCUUGCCAUGAAACAUAAAUGCUGACACGGUAGUCUGGAACGACACAAUGUGAUCACUUCUUUUUUUUUCCCCUGACGAACUCUAUAUGCCAAAACCUCCGCACAAGGUUAUUAAUAAACAUAUUAAUAUUUUUAUUUCGAAUUGGACGCCUACUGAUCUAUUCCUGCCAAUCCCAUCUUGCUUUUCAGGUACAAGUGGUGCCAGUGCAAGGGUCCUCACUCUGUUUAGAGUUAGUUGUGGAUAUAAAAUGCAGGGUACAGCUUUCAGCAGCCGUUUUUCACAUUACUGCUGCACCAACAACUUCAUUCAGUUAUCGGCGGAUGGAUUUUAUUCUAAGGACAUUCCCAAUACAGCGCAUUGAGGAUGCAACACGCUAAGUUGGGUCAAGAUUGAUGAUGCAGGACCCCCUGUUUACUAAGCUUGCCAGCGAUCAGUUGGUAAGCCAAAUACCUGCACUCAUGUGAAUGAUGCAUCGCAAAAGGAGCUGGUUAUGUGGAGACUGGUGAACUUAUUAGCGCUGGCACAAUCUACUACACAUUAAAGUCUUGCUCGGACCCCUUUGUUUCCAAUGGCAAUAUUAUGCAGCUUUGCGCAGACAAGCACGUAUGAAUGGCUUGCAUUGCCUUUGUCUGCGUCGCUGGACAUUGUUCUUUUUUUGUACUUUUACGGCAGAUUUUAACAUCCUCUAGAGUUGAGAUCGCCAUCACAGAUGCCAAGCCAGUGUUUCUACAGAGCCGGCACAUUUUUAACAUUUCCAUGUGUUUAUUUUUGAACCAUGUUGCAUAAUAAUUGUUCAAGCAAUAAAAUGGUUACGUAUAUCUUUAGAAAA